GUCACUUCACAAUUUUUUAAGCCAUUUUUCUUGAUAUUGGUUUUGAGCACCUCAUUGAAGAGUAAGUUUAUUUUAUUUUUGUUGCUGUUGUAUUAUGUAAUGCAAACCUGCACAAGUAGCUUAGAUACAAUAUGUAAGAUGUUAUUAAAAAAAAUAAAAAUAAAGUAAGUUACUUUAAAUGCACUGCUAUAUGAUGCCAGGAAUAUUUUUUUAACUCAUGACAAACUGUUGUGAACAAAAUUGUCAACAGCCUCUACAAUCAAAGUUCACUUUUAACCGAACACCCAAAUUCACGCUACAACACCUUGGUCAGGUUGCUCAAAAAUGUAGCGAGAACACCAUCAAAGAUUUCAAUUUAGAAAGCCUAGACUUGAUGGCAGCAAUCUUGAAGUGCCUUGUCAUUAUAUGCAGGUAAUUAAUAACUUACCAUCUUUGGGGAAUAAAAACUCCUUUAAUUUUGUUAAGUUUCUUUUUCAAGACAUAGUGUUGGAAUAGUGGAGACCCCAUGUCAAGUUGAUGACUGAUUGGCUGCUUUUGUGGUUAAAGCUUUUAGCUUGGAGUUUUCCUUCUCCCCAAGAAUAUUUAAGUUGAUUUCCCUUGAUUAUUUGCCCACUGGCAACGCUUUUCCUCAAGAACUUACCCGCUAUAGAGCUGUCUAAAUGGUACAAAUAAAUAUAAUGCAUUUUUAAUAAUAUUUUCAGAAAUUUUGAUAAUCUGCUGUUUGUAGCAUCCUGUGAUUUUGUCAAACAAGUAUAACCCUAGCCCAGACUGUGAUUUUGUCAAACAAGUCAUAACCCUUGCCCAGGCUGUGAUUUUGUCAAACAAGUCAUAACCCUUGCCCAGGCUGUGAUUUUGUCAAGCAAGCCAUAACCCUUGCCCAGGAUGUGAUUUUGUCAAACCAGUCAUAACCCUUGCCCAUGCUGUGAUUUUGUCAAACAAGUCUUUACCCUUGCCCAUGCUGUGAUUUUGUCAAACAAGUAUAACCCUAGCCCAGACUCUGAUUUUGUCAAACCAGUCAUAACCCUUGCCCAGACUCUGAUUUUGUCAAACCAGUUAUAACCCUUGCCCAUGCUGUGAUUUUGUCAAACAAUUCAUAACCCUUGCCCUGGCUGUGAUUUUGUAAAAAAAGCCAUAACCUUUGCAACAAUUUGUUCACAUUUUUAUUUUCUUCUUCUUUUUUCUUAUAUUUAAGGGCACACGAUCAAUGUGUUGAUCAUUCUGGCUCCGGUUUGAAUUCAGAGUUUGUCUUCUCUUGGGUGAGUUGCCAUCCAAGGCUAGUGAGUACCAUCCACCCUGGGUGCGUGGGAUGUUGGCUUUGUUGGGCAUUGAACUCCAGACCACCAGCUAUUUGGUUUGAGACAGUGGAGACUGCUCAGCCACCCAGCACCUAUUGCUGCUAUAAAAGUAAAGUUAGAAUUUAUAUUAACAUCUUCUUUAACUGAAAAUCUCAGAAAAAUUCACAAUUUUAUCCAAACUUAGAAUAUAUUGAGGCUGAUUCUUAGUUUUCACCCCGUGACGUCAUUUGCAUGUUUUUUAUAGUUGCAGUGAAUUAGGGUUCAGGUUAGGCAUAGGGAUCGAUUAAGGAAUACAUUAAUGACAAAAUUAACUUGUUGUGUCAACCAAGAUGGCGGCCAUCACGGGCCGUUUUCUAAUAAUUUACUGAUAUUGAUAUUUAUAACAUAAGAUCAUUUUAUAUAAACCUACAAAGAGUAAUUUAAAUUAUAAUUUUUCAUACGCACACACACACACAGCUUGGAUGUCAUGUAAAAACAUGUUUGAAUUUUGUUAUUUUCUUCUUACCUGUCAUCCCUUCAGAAAUUUGUCUUUAAUAAUUUUUUUAUCGUAGUUACAAAUUGAACCUUUUUACUUGAAAAAGGGACAAAAACUGAAAUAAUGGUUUCCUGUUUUUAUCAUCUCAGCGCCAUGUUGAGGUUCCCGAGAUGUUUUCCAGCUACAUGCAAGUCAUGUUGGGGAUCAGCUCAAAAGUCCAGGAGCCGGAAAUACUUAUCUUAGUCAUUGGUGGGUCAUGCAUAUGAAGGAGUCUUUGCUUUAAUUAUGAUUUUUAGUUUUUAGUUUGAAGUGACUCUAACGUGUAGUUAAAUUAUGGACUUAUUAAUGGAAAGAGAGUCGGUGGAGCUCCCAAGCUUAAAGGUGUGUGUAUGUGUAUUACUUUAUUGCUAUUUGGUAUAUGCAUUUGUGGUAUUCACAUGCCAAUUAAUAUAUUUUAUCUCCAUGCUAAUAGAAGUGGCACCGGGAAGAAUGAGUGGCACCGGACAUCACAGGGUGUGGACAACAGCACUGUGAGCUGAUGAUGGCAACAGGACAGAGAAGCAGCACAGAGGUAGGUGUAUAUAUUUUUAUUUUAUACAUGUUAAGUGGUUUAUGUUUGUGUCUUAUUCUUUGCUAAUUGGUGCAUGUUUUUUACCAAGCUUAUAGUUGUAUAUAUGUGUAUUAUUUUAUUGCUAAUUGGUAUAUGUAUCUGUGUUAUCCAUAUACCAAAUGAUAUGUGUUAUAGCCAUGCUAAUUGGUUUAUGUAUGUGUUAAUAGGAGUAACACAGGGAAGAAUGAGUAGCACUGGACAUCACAGAUUGUGGACAAUGGCAUUGGGAGUGGAUGAAGGCAUUUGGAGUGGACGAUGGCAUUGGGAUUGGACGAUGGUACUGUGAGCGGAUGAUGGCAAUGGAAGCAGACGAUGGAACUGGGAGCAAACAAUGUCACCGGAAGAUGGCACUGGCAUCAGACGACAGCAUUGGAAGCGAAAGAAGGCAUCAGAACAGAAGAGCUGCACAAGAGCGGCGAAGCUUUACUGACUUAGGUGUAUCUGUGUUUAUUAUAUCUGUUUAUUGGCAUAUUUUUUUGUGUUUUUCCAUGCUGAUUGGUAAGUGAACGUGUGUUACUCCAUGCUAACUAGUAUAUAAAUGUUAUUCCCAUGCUAAUUGGUAUAUGUAUGUGUGUUUUCCCCAUGCUAAUGGGUGUAAGUAUGUGUAUUAUUGCAUUGUUAGUUAGUAUAUGUAAGUGUGUUAUUCACAUACCGAUUUAUAUAUGUAAAUUUAAUUUCAUACU